AUGAAGAUUUUCUACUUGGAUUACAACUGCAUUCUCUUAUAUAGUGGGACGAAUGUUCCCUACGUUUUUGUCCCUUCGAAGCAAGCACUUGGCCGAGCCUGUGGUGUCACAAGACCUGUCAUUGCGUGUUCUGUGACUUCCAAUGAGGGAAGUCAAUUGAAGUCGCAAAUACAACAGCUCAAGGAUGCCAUUGAGAAACUCCUUAUCUAA